AUGGAGCUUGAAAGAGGAGGGCUUUUGGGGCGUUAUGUCGAGGAGGAGAAGAUGGAAGCUAGAAUGGAAGUAAAUAAAGAGUUAGAUGGUUCAUGUGACAUGGAAGAAGGUGAGAUAAGGUAUGUUGAUGGAGAGAAAAUGCUUGGUGGGAAUGAUAAUGAUGUGAAGUGUUUGUGGAGGAACAGAAGGAUGAAGAAGAAGAUGGAUACAAGAUUGUCAAGUAGAAUGGUGUUGAUGAAAAUGCAGAGGAUGCUAAUUGAACUGAAAACAGCCCCGGCUGAUUAUCGAUUUCCUACAACAAAUCAAACUAGACACUGUUUCACCCGCUACAUUGAAUUUCAUAGGUGUGUGGCAGCUAAGGGUGACGAAGUUAAUGAAUGUGAACGUUUUGCAAAAUAUUACCGUUCCCUUUGCCCCUCUGAGUGGGUGGAGAGGUGGAAUGAGCAGAGGGAGAAUGGAACCUUUCCAGGGCGUAGGAAUGUAUAUUUCCAAUUUCCAAAUGAGAAAAGAAUAGAACGUGAUUCUCGAAGUGCUUUGUCUCUGGGAGGAGAUGAUAUGGAUUGUGACAAUAAAUAA